AACUUUUUCGCUUUGAAAAUUUUUCUUGCUGGCAUUCCGAGUCCUUGCGUCAAUGCCCAGCGCUGGGCCUGAUUACACGCACGCACUCACAUCGGCCAAGGAUCCGCACCUCACAUCGCCCUUCCCCGAGCUCGACUCUGACGGAGAACGCGGGAAGAAGGAGCAGCCCACAGCCAUAUCUGCAUCUAUUGCUCCGGAGAUGACCACAGCAGCUACCGCGCUAGCCACCACAGCAGCCACGGCUCAGCCGCCAAGCCUGGAGAUAAGCGUGUCGCCGGCAGUCAACCCGCUGGCGGCCUCAGCUCCGUCCACGUCGGUGCCGGACGCGCUCGCAUCGCUGACACAUGCAGCACACGACCAGGCGCUGGAGAUCAUCAAUUCCCUGCAAUCGAGCGCACGGCGCCGACGCAGCUCGGUUGAGGCCGUGGCAGCAGCAAGCUCGGUGCUGGCGUCGUUUGCGAGCAGUGCCAAGGCACGGCAUGCCAACAGAACCGAGGCUGCAGCCGCCCUGGCUACGGCAGUGGCAGCAGCAAACUCUCCCCCAGUGCUGAAUCCGCAGAUGACGUAUUCGUCGGGGCAGCACUCGGCAGCAGCGGCUCUGCUGGCUGCGUCGGGCCUGCAUCCGGGGAUUCUGCCGACCGAUUCCGGCAUGGGCGAUACGGGGAUCCCGCAAUUCGAUGUUGCGUCGUUUGGUGCAUUGCCUGCCUACGCGGUCGAGGCUACGGUUGGGGGUGACCCUAGCAAUACUGCCCAGACCCUGCUGACCACGAUCGCUGAGACGCCGACGCGAUCAGCUGGCAAGCCGGCAGUAGCAGCCAAGCCGUCGCGUCGCAAGGCUGCAGCUGGCGAGCCCGAUCUGGAGCUCAGCAUGAGCCCGCCCAGCAGCCAGUUCGACGGUCCGCUCACCAGCAACGGCAUGCCGCUGACGCCCGAUGCGCCUGGAUCGGGCCGGCCCGGCUCUCUCCGGCACCUGACACCCGAUGAGCGGCGCGCACGGCGACUGCAGCGCAACCGCCUGGCGGCCAAAGAGUGUCGCCAGAAAAAGAAGGUCUACAUCACCAACCUGGAGCAGCAGGUCGAGGAUCUGGAGAAUGAAAACUCGCGCUUGCGCAAGGAGAUCGAGGAGCUCAAUGCAAAACUCACCCUGGGCGGCAUGCGCACAAGCAGCACUGCUGACCCGGCCCUGGUGCUGAAUGGCGAGUCGCCGCAGCCCAAGCGCUCGCGGGUCGCUGACCGAUCCGCAGCUCCAAACCCCGACGUCUGAGGCGGCCGACGCGUAAAAAGCGCCGCUAUCUUUCUAUUUUAUUUUGCCCCUGUGUAUGUGCCUGUAUUCACCCUACCUCUCCGUUUACUUUGCGAAUAUCUUCCAUUUCUGUCUGUUGAGCAAGCAAAAAAGGUUGGUUUAUAUUUAAAGCGAGAGAUGUUGUCUAGAAGAGAGAGGCGUGCGUGCUGGAGAUACGGGAUAUUACAAGAGGGCGGGGGCAUUUUAGAAGCGGACGGGUGUUCAGUUUCACUCUGUUACGCGCUUGAGCUCCCCGUUGACAAACCGGCUCUCCUC